AUGGUGCGACAACAUCCAGCAGACUGCGACUGUGAGCGCUGCGAUCCGCUACCGGAUACUUUGCAGCUACUUCUUUGCAUAACGACAAAGAAUAAACUUAGCAAUGCAGAAAUUCAUAUCCAACGUAAAAAACAAGAGCGUCGAGUGGCUGAAGAGCUCAGGAAAUGGUCCGAGAACGCUCCGCGAGUCGACUCGUCUCAACCUCCAGAGUCGCAGCAACUCACUCGGUCCGGAAGUUCGUCGUUCUCAACACCAUCAGUCGAGACUCUCCAUGUCACACAAACCAUUUUGGAUCGUUUCAAAAACUCACGAGCGUUCUUCACGCACCUCGACAUUCAGAUCAUGUUUUUCUGGCAUACGUACCAAGCCAUCGAAAGAUUGACCUUGGACCCGGCCUUGUGUCUGCUGCUUGCAGGCGUAAUGUUACCCUUUGCAACCAAUGCAGAGGUCCGUGAUCGGGCAACGGAGAUUCUUCAAGGAGACCGACAUGCGAGAGAAGAGUCUCGGGCUUUGGGGGCCAAGGAGGUGUCUCGUCUACUUGUCGCCGACGGCGCCGAGUUGCGUAUGUGGGACAGUUUGAAGCAGGGCACACUAUUCAUCUUCGGUUCCUCGAACAUUGCAUCUUCACGAGUACCACCUCUUGCAUCGUCCGAAUCGCCAUCAUCUUCACCAUGCAAGCCUCGGUCCGCUGAGCCGUGCAUUCAAAGGUUGGAGAGCGUGGUCAUCGUACAAGCUCCGUCUUCUCCUCCGGAGAAUACAAUUGAUCGUCUUCAGUCAUCCUCUCCUCCCAUGGAUCUGGUGGAUCACCUACAGUCAACUUCUCCUCCUCCCGCGAAUAUGGUAGAUUGCCUACAGUCACAUGCACAACGUCUGCAACUUGAAGAGGACAACAGAUAUCUGGCCACCAGGGUCCAUCAGAUUGAAGCGGGACAAAAUGAGCUUCUCGAAAUUUUGCAGACGAUGCAGCACAGAAUGGCAGUUUUGGAGGAGGAAAAUCGACGUCUAAAGAAAAGACUGCAUGCAGCAGCAUCGGUCUGCGCAGAACCUUGGAGUUGUUGA